UUUAAAAUGAAACAUCCUGUAUAGGUGUAGUACGUGUAGCUGCGUGUAGCCUAACCUCUUGGUACGUUCUGUGGGUUCUGUGUUUUUACGCUGCAACAUAACCUCCAAAUCGAAAAGAGCCACGCCACUCGCGGCGCGGCCGUGCGAUGAAUUUACGCUGAUCCAAGUGGAGAUGCGGGCGUGAUCGAACGGUGCCUUGCAGUUAGAACAUUAUUAUCGAUAAUAACGCCCCGCGAGGAUGCUGCACAGCACGGCGGCCUUGUCGCCGCAGGAUAUUCUCAACGAGGUUAGAAAAUUCAUCUCCGGCGCCGUCCGGCCCUCUCACAGCACGAACACGCAGGACGUGACGCGCACGGCGUUGUCCUUGCUGAGAAACGUACCCGCGGCGAGGGACGCUGUGCUCGAGUACUUUUGCAACGUAUUCUUCGUCGCGGUGACGAAGUACGUUCGCCAGAUCGAGACGAAUCAGAGUAUACCGAUACCCGAGGAGAACAUCAUCGCGGAGAUCCACGCCAUCCUGAGCAGCUUCGUCAACGGCAACCCAGAAGCCUGGGCGCCCAUCAUAUCCGCAUGGUCGUUGGACCUGCUCGGCAAACUGUCGUCCGACUAUUCGAAGCGAGGCAAUUUGCCGGUCAACGCGGGCAUCAAUGAUUUCCUGCAGCAGUGGAUGUCGUGCCGUGCGACGAGGACUCUGAUAGACAUUACUGCUCAAUGCCUGCAGUGUCUUAUGCACGCCGACACGGAAUCUUGUAUCAAGGCUUUACUAGACACCAGCGUGCUGCACAGUCCGUACUUCGAUUGGGUGGUUGCUCACGUAGGGAGUUGCUUUCCGAACACUGUCAUCACCAGGGUGCUGUCGUGCGGAUUGAAAGACUUCUGUGCUGUGGGCUACGAGCAUAAUGUCAAGAAUCCAAAGUUGAACUCGGUGGUCGGCAUACUGGGGCAUUUGGCGGGCAGUCAUUUUCAAGAUAUCAGAAAAGCGCUGCUAGACCUAUUCGAGUGGAGUCUGGAAGAAGACGUGAGUCUCGAUGACGGUACCAAGAAGCAGAAACUGGCCACAGUACCGUUUCUUCUGAACCUGGCCUCGCUUUCGCAGACUCUUCUGAAAGCAAUAACCAGCGACGUGUUACAAAUAUUGAGACCGGACGUUAUACCACGACUGGCGAUGUUUGCGGCGGAUUGGUGUAAAUACUUUGACAAUCAACCGGCGGCGUUAAUGGACCUGACGGUGCACUUGACGUUGGGAUGCGAGCAAGGCGCGUCGCAGAUAAUCAACAUACUGCUGGACACGAGUCUGAACACGAGCAACGUCGGCUAUCACAGCGUCAACGCGGCGCAAAAUGUGAAGAACAUUUGUCGGGAGAUACUGGAAUUGGUUUUACAGGAGAUCGAUCUCUUGCUGAGAACGCACGGGCCGCAGUCAGCUAAUAUCCUCCUGCUGAGUUCGAUCAAACAGGAGAUGUCGUUGAUAAUACCAAUGCUGCUGAAUCCCAAUCCGCUGCGUGUACAAACGGCCGUCAGGCUGUUGUGUUUUCUCAGAAGUCAAAAUCCGAACAUAGUCGUCUUCACGGCGUCCUACAUGCUGAUGAAGGCGCAAACGACGUUCCACCUCGCUGCCUUAAUACGCCUUAUCACCAACAACGUCGUACAGUUUCCCAUGAAUAAAUCCGGAUCCGAAAAUAUCCUCGCUAGUCACGAUUACUUUGCACAGGUCUUGGAGCAGGCGCUUAGGGAGAUGCACUAUAAAAAUAUCAUACAUAAGGAAGAAUCGAGACAACUGUUCAAGAAUCUCAUUACAAUGUUGAAAUGGGAGAAAUCAAAUAAAGCGGCGAUAUUGCAGUCGCAGAUGAUUAGCAGAGCUCUCCGAGCUAAUUUGUAUCAAAUAUCCUCCUUAUUGAUGAAAAAUGAUGAUUUCGACUUGGCGAAUGAUAUCGUUACUCUCUUGGAUCUGUUGAGUACACCCGGAAAAGAUCAGGUUCUCGAUGUGGAACUUAUGCUGAAAUUGACGAGGGCGAUCAUACGGCAUUUCUUUUCAUGCAUUACUCAAACUGACGUUACGAAAAAGCAACAAGGGGUAAAGAUGGUGUGCCAUUUAUUGAGGGAUUUAGCAUGUUAUUCCACAUCCGCGCGUGUACUGGCGCUCCGAGAGAUACUAGGAAAUAGUAUUAAUAAUGAGCAGGCGAAAUAUUUCGGCGCAAAGGAGAAAUUCGAGCCCCGUUUCGAAGAGAUGUUGUUGCUACAUCAGAAUCAUAAACAGGUGACGAGCACGAUGUUGGCGCAACGACAUUCAUCGGUAUUUCAUGCUGGUGUAAUAGGACAUGGUCCACGAAGGCUUCCUCCGGAAAAUGCGAUCGAUAAGGAAGUCGUUGUUUUAAACAAAAUGUUACUAGUAGACGUCAUAAAGGCUUGUUGCAGCAACCAGGAAACGGACCGAUAUCCGGUCAACUUGGACGCUCUGACGAUGGUCAGUUUGUUGUUGGUUGAAUUGGUAUCACCUGAUGUUAUGUACAAUGGUCUGCCAUGGCCUGAUGAGGAAUUUACAAAGGUCACGAUAGAAAGAGAUUUACAAAUCCGUCGCAAGUUUAAGGACGUUCCCCUGUUGUGGACGUUGUUAGAAUUGACCGCCUGGUACAGGCCGGCGUUAGCGUAUUGUUCCGUUUUACUGAGAGGCAUCACCGCAACUGUCAUGGCUAAUUGGAAUACGGAGGAGGGCGUUUCGCUUGUCAAUAUAAUGGCACUCGGUCAAUUAUUACCACCGCCGCUGGCGAGUAUCAGGGACAUCCUACCCGUUUUACAGCCUCACCAGAUAAACACAAUAAUGAGGGAAUGCCUGUGGGCGUACAUGCGCGAAAAUGUACCGUCUCCGGCGCUAUUUACGCGGAACGAAGGCACCAACAUAGCCUGGAGGGAUAUUGACAUGUCGUCGCCCAAUGCACGUUUUACAGAUACUCUCCGUCUAGUGUUACUGGCAAACAUUCACACUUUAGGAUCUUUAUAUUCAACGCUAUUUUAUAACGAAAAUAAAUGAGAUAUAAUUUUUGGAUAAUACUUAAAUUAUUGUUUAAUCGUAUGCAUUUUGUAAAUAUCACUAAUUGACGCGUGAGACAAUUAAUAAAUAAUACGAAAAUGUAA